AGAUUUCGUUACUGCUGUCAUGGCUGCUUUGCAGAAGCUUCAAAAGUGUGUGGUGUCGCCCACCGGGAAGCAUUCCGCUACGGUUAUCUUUCUGCACGGUGCAGGUGGCACUGGGCAAGAGUUAAGAACUUGGGUUCGAGAUGUGAUGAUGCCUGGUCUGACUUUUGCUCACAUCAGAGUCAUUUACCCCACAGCCCCAACAAGACCGUACACACCUAUGAACGGAGCCCUGUCCACUGUUUGGUUUGACCGUUACAAGAUCUCGUACGACAGCCCAGAGAAUCUACAAUCUAUAGAUGCCAUGUGCAGCACCUUAGGCUCCAUCAUUCAGGAGGAAGUCAAUGCUGGGAUUCCCAAACAUCGCAUGAUCAUUGGGGGCUUCUCCAUGGGUGGCGCUUUGGCACUCCACUUGGCAUGUCGCCACCACCCUGAUAUUGCUGGGGUGUAUGCACUCUCCAGCUUCCUCAAUAAAGACUCCGUUGCUUUUCAGGCAGUAGAUGAGCGGGUCAGAGCGGAACACUCCCUCCCUGAGUUGCUCCAGUGCCAUGGGGCAAGUGAUGAGCUGGUGCCUCAUCAGUGGGGAGAUGACACAUCAAUGUUGCUGCAGAAGGCAGGGAUGAAAACCACUUUCCACUCCCUACCUGGUCUUUACCACCAACUCUCCCUGCCUGAAAUGGAGCUGCUGAAGGCGUGGAUUCUCCAAAAACUUCCACCUAGCACAUCCUGACCCCCAGUUAUCUUCUCAUUGCAUCAAAUGUUAGCAAUAAAUAUUUGUGCACCUAGCAUUGUGGUUUUUCUCGUAUUGAUAAUGACGUUUAAAAAAUAAUUGUAUUCUGGACUUUAGAUCUUUCAUCUCUUGAAAAGGUUACUCAUCCUAGUAAGAAAAAGUGCCUCAUCAGCAAAUUUGUCUUUCCACAUCAGUUAAUAUAUUCUCCUCUCCUUUGUUGUCCAGUUGACUUCCAUUGGAUAAAAUUAUAAAUAUCACUUGCACUUGGAUCAGGCAACUAUGUUCAGGUGAUUUGGAGUGGAUGAACGGACGAGGGAAGUGAAUGAAGGCAGGAGAAGGAUGUUGUCAGCGUGGCUACAUGAGCAAAUGGGGCUUUUGCACGUGAAGAAGUGUAUAAGGGAGGUACAGCUAGAACAAACACAAGGAGCUCAGUUUUGCACUCUUGCCCCAGUCCCUGAUUACUUCCAGCGAGUGUGAAAGAAUGCUACUGUUGAGAAGCUCCCCACAAACACAUACCCCCCUCUGGCCGACCUCAUCAUCAUCCCACACGAUGCCGCCUCAAUCGUCUCUUAUAUGCCUUCUGUCCUGCCCCCGAGGUCAAGGGAUUCAAGGUUACCAAGUCAUAAAGAAAUUAUCAUUAAAAAAAAAAAAAGUUAGAGAAGAAUUGAAUUCUUAACAUCUUCCCUUUCUUAAAAAAAAGUCGAAGCCAAUAAACUUUUGUUGACAUCUUGUUAAUUUUUUUUUUGUUUUACAGCCAAAAUAAAGGAGGGGAAAAACUCUUUCUAUUACUUAUCAUGUCAUAUUCGUUCCCUCCGAACUUCCCAAGUUUGUCAGCUUCUUUUUGCAUCACUCACACCACCUCCCUGAGCCAAAAGUGCAUCCCCUCUUCGUCAAAUUAUGGUGUUCUCCCUUGCUUUUGUGUCACAAGGAAGGAAUGCAAAUCCGGACAUCUUGUGGACUGUAGAGAGUUUUUUUGUGCCAGUUUCCACUGCUCAGUACUUUCCACAUGGAACUGCUCCAAAGUGGCCAAGAUUAAGAGGAAUUCCCGACCGAGGGAGUUAAGGUGCUGACAGAUUCCAGAUUGCUCAUCUGACUGCACCCCCUCAGUUAAGAUUAUUAAUUGAUGGGAUGAUGACCUUGAAAUGAUAGCAUACUGGCGCAUGCUAACUGCUUGUUAUGCACAGCGUAACAUGUUCUGUUGGUAAUGUUGGAUCAAAAGUAAACUUUUAGAAAUAAUAUUCUGGGCAUUUUUCAGCCAAUGCCACAAUCAAAUGGAGUUGAGACAGCAACAAGCCUGAAAUUCUGAAAAUGUCUUCGAAAUUGUGAGCCAUACCAAAUCCUACGAACUUCAGCACUAUUGAGUUAGUAUAUUCCAGAUGACAUGACAAGAAAUGGGAAACACCUUCACUAGUUGCCAGUCAAUUGUCUGGAGAUUGUAAAAUUGUUGACGACAAGCGUGACAGCAAAUCAAUGGAUUGACUUUUUAAUUGCUUGUAUACAAAUAAUUGGGUCUCAUGAGCAGUGACUGCUGUUCAAUCUCACACACAGGUUGUCUGAUACAAACUGAUUAGGAACAAUAUUAAUGCAUUUUUUUCUUUCUGGCAUACUUCUGCUUGCCUUCAGUUAUCUACCAUUUUCCAGUCAGAAAGCUGUCACAAUUUGCAGCAGCAGAAGACUCUGGAGAAAUUCCUCAUAAUAAGUUGGCAGAUGCAGGGAGCCAGACAAGUUAGAAUGAUGACUACUAGACCACCCUGAUGUUCAAAGAAAGCUUCUCGCUUGUACGUUUUUUUUUUUCCUGUAAUUCCAAAACGUAUCAGAUGAAGAGCUUCAACAUUUGAAACAUUUGAGCUGAUUGACCCUGAGGCAGCACCAGUAGAAGCCUCGAUCCUGGCCGUCCUCCAGCUCUACGCCCCUUUCCUAAAAUUAUACCUCAUCAACCCCCCCUUUGCAGUCUCUGGGGCAAUCGUGCCAUACACAAAUCAUUAAGGCAGCGCUUUAGCUUAGCUCAUCACAACCAAUGUAAUUCAAUUGACCCUUUUCCUCUUGCCAGAGGAUACGCAUUUAUAGACAGCAUCGCAAUGUUAACAAGGCUUUAAAACUUUCUCUGUUUAUUGGAUUUAAGCUCCAUUGAAUAAACAUGCUAAAUGUG